UCAAAAGGAAAGAGGAAGCCACCGCCGAGCGAAGAACUUCUCGAAGCCUCAAUCAAUCACAGGCAUUCACAGCCAUCUCCGGUUAGGCAGGGAGGACGUGAGUAUAACCGUCCAUCCUUGAUCGCUUCUGGUCGAUCAUCCACAGAAAUAGGGAAGAAUAAAGGCUUCAUGACAAUCCGCCGUCUAUUAGGAUCCACACCUCGUAUCAUUGUCCUCUUGUACAGUUCUAUUCUUCUAAGCUGGAUUCCAGAACCGGUAACAGCGGCAGUUGUUACACUUGAUUCUAUUCAAAUAUUCCAGACUCAUGAGCUGUUCGGUCGCAGUCCGACUGUUUACUUUCAGUGUAAAGGGGAAAACAAGACAAUCUUGCCUGAUGUGAAGAAAAAAGACAUUCUCUAUGACUUCAAAGGGGAGGAGUCUUGGCAGCCAUUGACACAACUUUUAGAUAAGAAAUGCAAGCGGUGUGGGUUCUAUGAGGAAGAUACAAUAAAAUCAGAUGAUGUGUUUGAUGAGUGGGAAUUUUGCGCAUCUGAGUUUACAAGUGCUGAUGGAAAAUACACCCAUUUCAAGGAGAAAGAGUUCAAUGCAACAUUUUGGUGUCCAGAGUGUGUCCCUCUUGUAGGCGCACCUGUUCACUCUUAUUCCCAAAAUGAGCAAAAGGGAAUGAGCUGGACAAUAGUACUGCUCAUGGUAGCUUUGGCCUCGGUGAUUUUAGUUCUUGGAGGGGUAAUCGCUCACAGGUAUUGGCAAAAAAGGAAAAGGCAACAAGAUCAAGCACGCUUCCUCAAACUAUUUGAAGAACAGGAUGAUGACAUGGAUGAUGAAUUGGGAAUAGGGCCCCUCACCAAUGUCAUAUAAAUAUGAACAUAUGUAUACUUUUCACUAACUUCAGAGCAUUUUUUGUUUUUGGAAGCGAUAUAUGAUCAUAUUUUCAUUUGUAUAGAGCAAAAGUUAGUAAUUGAAGUCUCUGCAUGCAUUUGCUGUAUAGAACUAUUGCAGGUUACGUUAUAGAAACACAAAAUGCAAAUCAUACUCACACGAGCUCAUCUUUGUUGUUUAAC